AUGUUUAAGUCUAUCCUCCUCAUCGGCGCGACGAGGGUCGGCAGCUUCGGUGACUAUGUCGCCCAGGAGCUCAUCAAGGAUUCAACCUACUUUAGUCGCGUUGGAUUCUUCGUUGACCCUUCGAGACCCGCUGAUGAAUCUAAGAGGGCACGCCUAAGAGAACUACAGGCAGCAGGAUUUGAAAUUGUUGAGUCUACCAACUUUGCUUCUCCCGAGCCCUACAAAGGAUUUGACUGCGUCUUGAUUUUCCUCGGAAACCACGGUCUGUACAUGCAGCCGACCAUUAUUGACGCAGCCAUAAAAGCGGGAGUCCGUCACUUUUACCCUAGUGAAUACGGCGCCGAUCUCACUGUCGGGGAGAACUGGACGCAGCGCUACUACAAGUACAAGGUCGAAACUCGAGAGCAUCUUACAUUAAGAGCUACUCAGGUUGCAGAUUUAAGUUGGACAGCAUAUGUCCUCGGCCGCUUGACAGAGUGGUCCGUCAUCUCUCACUUUGGCUUUGACAACAAAAAUAGGAAGGCAAGGAUCUAUGGGAGGUCGUCUGGGAGACAAAGUCUCAUUGGUGCCGCCGACAGUGCAAAAUACCUAGUCGAGACCUUGAAAGAGCCCCUCUCGGAUGACUCGAAGGGUAAGCAGAGGACCUACCGCAUCUCAGGAAGCAAUCCGACGUACGCCGAGAUAUUCGAGAUCCUUGAGCGCGUGACUGGGAAAAAGUACGAGGUCACGUAUCUUGACGUCGAAAGUGCCAAGGAAGAGGAACCGCAAGCAAAGAGGGCAGGCGAUAUUGAUGCUGAACUGGCAGCGAGUCACAAGCUAAUUCAAGGAAGAGAAGGGACGCUUGUGCCUAAGCCAUGGGAUAAUGACCGAUUCCCUCACAUUCACCCCAAGGGCGUUGAGGAGGUGUUGCGUGAAGCUUUUGCGACUGAGAGAACGAGGAAGUGGUUUGGUCUGGAAUGA